CGUUCCAGGACACCGGAAACACACUCCAGGACAGAAACACAGGCAAACACAGACUCAGGAAGCGGGAUUCGUGACAUCAAGGCCCUGAAGUCCUGCCUGGUGUGUCUCACCUCUUACUGUGAGACUCACCUGGAGCAUCAUCAGAGAGUGGUGAAUCUGAAGAGACACAAGCUGAUCGACCCAGCGGAGAACCUGGAGGACAGGAUGUGCAAGCAUGAUAGGCUGCUGGAGCUGUUCUGUAGGAGCGACCAGACAUGUGUGUGUCAGUUUUGUACUGAGACAGACCACAAGUCUCACGAUACUGUGCCCAUUGAAGACAUGGGAGCACACCAGAAGGGUGAGCUUGCAGCCGCUAAAGCAGAGGUUGAAAAGAUUGUCCAGGUCAGACAGAAAAAGGUGGAUGAAAUCAAACACUCCGUGGAGCUCAGUAGGCAGGUGAUGGAGGCGAUGCAAACAGCAGCAGAGAAAAGGGCUGAAGGGCUCAACAAUGACCUGGAGCAGGAAAUCACUGAGUUACAGAGGAGAAGUACUGAGCUGGAGCAGCUCUCACACACUGAGGACCAUCUCCACUUCCUACAGGCCAGUAUCACUCUCAGUGGUUGAUGUCAAUGUGUCAGAAGAUUACUAUACUGUAUAUACUGUAACUUAGUGUUGUUGGCUUUCUGAUCUCCUUCACUGCAGACUUACCUGACCCUAUGUGCCCCUCCAUCCACCAAGGACAUUUCUGAGAUCAGUGUGUACUCAGAUCUGUGUGUUGGGACAGUGAGGAGAGCCGUGUCCAAUCCGGUGGAGAUAUUCAAGAGAGAAUUGAAAACACUAACAGACAUGGAACUGAAGAGAAUGAGGGGGUUUAAAGAGGACAUCACCCUGGACUCGAACACAGCAAGUCGUUGGAUAUGCCUGUUUGAUGGUGGCAAACGCAUCAAAGACUCUGAAACACCCCAGAUCAUAUCUGACAACCCAGAGAGGUUCAACAUCUACCCCAUGAUUUUAGGAGAGAAAGGCUUCAACUCUGAACGCCAUUACUGGGAGGUUCAGGUGGGCCUAAGAAAUGACUGGGAUGUAGGCGUUGCCAAGGAAACAGUAAACAGGAAGGAAGAGGUCCAAAUUAACUCAGCGCAUGGGUUCUUUGCACUGAGAAAAGAUGGAUUUGAUUAUAAGGUUCAUUCCUCCCCCCUUAAGAAUCUUUAUCUGAACCCCAGGCCUAGAAAAAUUGGAAUCUAUGUGGACUAUGAGAGGGGUCAGGUUUCCUUCUAUGAUGUGGAUGAAAAAUCUCACAUCUACUCUUUCACAAACCAGUCUUUCACAGAGAAACUCUACCCUUACUUUUACGUGUAUAGCAAGGCCAAAAAGUCAGAGGCAUUGGUAAUUUCCUGCAUGGAGGACCCAAGAGCACGCAACCUAUCACUCCUGCAAGCCGUCUCUAAAGCUAAAGAGUAACCAUAUUAAUUGUAUGGCUCUAGCACUCUAGAAAUCAGAUUUUAUAGUUUCCCUUCCAGUCAUUCUAAUGCAUCAUAAUGUGGUUCACUUUCUAUAAAUUCCAUAAAUAUUUAUUUCUAAUGUUUCUUUAUUGACAGUGUCAAAACACAUUUUAUAGACAUUUUACAUAUCGUUGAACACUAAUUCAAUAUUGUUGACACUGUUGCCUUUCUGAAUCAAUGGCUGUUUAGUUUGUAUGUACGCCAUGAGUGUAUAAUGUUAUAAAUCAAAAUAAACUAAAUAAAUGUUUUUCUAUUCUA